GCUAAGCGGAGACGGCCGCUUCUAUAUAAAAUAAAAGCGCGACACAGCUGUUUGGAGCAAAAUUCCGCUAACUUCUAAGGUGAAAAAAUGGUUUCGAAGCAAGCAAGCGUCUGCACAAUAUUCCUUGCGUUGCUGUGUUCGCAUGUCAGGUCACAGGGAGUCGACGAGGAUUUGGCAAAGAUUAAUAACGAUUUGGACGCAAUCCUCGGGAAGAAAAGCGGCAUCGCGUCCACACCGGAUGAAAUGGAAUACAAUGAAGAAAUAGAUAAAGUACAGACUGCCAGGAAUAGGAACAAUGGUGGUACUAAAGAUGAGAAGCAAAAAUCACUCAUUGCAAAAAUGGCAGCCAAAAGGCAAUUUGAGUAUUACGAAAACCACAGAAAUGAGUUAAAACAAACGAUUAAUAAACUCUUACCACUGGCUGAAAAGUUGAACGCCACUUCGAUUGCCAACAGCUUAAAGACCGCCCUGACCCAUAGAAAUAAUUAUAAAGAAUUCGCAAUAAUAUAAAUAUUAUUAAAAUUAAAUAAUUCGAAUGCCUUUUACUUGUAUAAAUUGAAUUUAUUUUCUAUGAGGUUUCAACCCCUCACUAGGGUGUAAACUUUUAUAAUUUUAAUUUAAGUCCCAGCAAACGAAAGUGGGUACCAAAAUCGAAUAUUCAAAGAUGAUACCUUAACUUGUAUAAAUACAUUGAUUCACAUACUUUUCAAUUAAAUAAAUACAUAACAGUAAUUUAAA